AUUUACUAACAUCUAUCACAUAUUUCCCAAAGAGCUGAACUGUAAAGGAGCUGGGGUGGGAUUCUGGGAAAGUAUGGGCUAAAUCCUAUUUCACUUCAUGUACCUGACCAACAUGCAUGUAGCAUGUAAAUGCAGGUUCUGUUACUCAGACUUGGUGAUUUAGCAUUGCCCCUGCUAGCUUACUGAGUUGGCUAAGUAGGACUACUCUCUGGCCAGACACCUGGAGGGAGGAACAGAAUUAUGCAGGAAUCUGUAGAAGUCCUAAAAUUUAGUCAGGCAAAAAACUGGACUAGAAGGAAUUAGAUACCAGAGUACAAAGGGGACUUUUCACACUUUUCACAAUAGGUCAAUUGCCUAGUGCAGGGGUAUCAAACUCAUCCUGUGCCCUGGGCCAGAUUGGGCUCAUGGCAUGGAGCGGCAGCAGGACCAUUGGUGGCUAUGGCUGUGGCAGGGCCAGCAGUGGUGGUGGUGGUGGGACUGGUGGAACUGCUAGCGGCUGUGGUGCGACUGGUGAUGGUAGGACAAGUAGCCGCAAGCUGCUUACCACAGGAGUGGUAUUGGGCCAAACAGCUGUUAGGUAAGCAGGGAUGCAUUAACAUAGCCAUCACUUUCUCCUCCACGGAGGGCUACGUCUGCUAGGGCCCAGGGUCUUGGAUUCCGUGGCAGGCUGCUCCCACUGCUGGCCCCAUCCCCAAUUUCCACAGACUGCAGGUAGCACGGUGGGAGAGAUCAAGUGAUUGCAGGCUAGAUCUGGCUCACAGGUCAUAUGUUGGACACCCCUGGCCUAGCAUUUACAGCACUUAUGCAAAGAGCAGGACAUGCUCAAAUCUGCACCUCAUGCUCCCCAGCAAAGUCCACUGACCAUCAGACCAGGGACCUCUCCAGCUCAGCUCUUGAAGAUGUCUUUCAUCUAAUAGUCAUUUGGGAAAAUGUGUAAGCAGCAUUGAGAGACUUCCUACCUGACUGAAAGCCAAGAUCCCAGACUAGGACCUUGGGUCACCUUCCCUACAGAUUAGCAUUUGUCUCCCUAAAUGACACAUCCUUUGAUUUGUAUUCUUUUUUCUUGCCCUACAAAUCUUCCUCCCAUGGCUGUCUAGUGGAUGAGCCUCACUGGUUAACAAAACAAAACAUCAGUUGCUACUUCUAGCUGCUGUUCAGACCUUUCCAAAAAAGCAGUUAUUCAUUCUCGGCCUAGUCUAGUAUUAAUAGCUUGAUAAACAGAUUCUUAUUCUACUUUCUCAUGCUAUUGCUUGUGAUUUAAAUGGAAGCUUAUUAAUUACUGAUUAUAUAUAUCAUCUUAAGCACAUGUCAUUCAUAGCUGGACUUUUGCUAGGUUCAUAGUCUUCACUAGUCAGUGUGGUCAGUCAGUAGGCUACAUAUGCCAUUUAAGCACAUAAAGUGAAAUAGGAUGUAAGCCAUGUAGGCCUGUCAGCUGCCUUGACAUAACUGAUGCAAUUUUUUUUUGAACAGACACCGUGAGCUGCAAGUGAAAUGAGCACAGAGACAACCUAAACCGCUGUUGAAGGCAAAACAAAAUGUAGAUAGCUGUAAAAUGUAGAAAAACAAGAUAAACUAGAGAAGCAAAACAAGCCGGAGGAUGGCUCAGUAGGUGAGAAGUAAGUUAAAAGGAAACAGGCUGAGGGAGAUAGAUUGAUGAGGGAAUAACCAAAGGAAAAGGUAAUUUGGGAGAAUCUAUAGCAUGACCAUAUAUGGCAUAUACAGAGGAGGGCUGUAAAAAGGGUAUAAAAGCUUAAGCAAAAAACUUAAGUUUUGGGGAGCUGUCCCUAAGCAGGAGGAGACCAUGCUGGUUAAAACUGCAAGCCCCAGUGCCAUGAGGAUGCCUGGCCAGCUGAGUCUUCAUUCAUUGUUUGGCAGGCCUACAUAAAAAUACCUUAACGGACUGGGGUUUUGCUUGAGUAGUGGUAUUGCUUAAGUGUUCAGUAAAUCAGGAUUUUAGAUCAGAAUAGUUACUCCAAUUGUUUCGUUCCGUUCAGCCCGCUCCCUAAUCAAAAUGAAGCAUAACAGGCCAGUUACAAAUGGAAGUCCUGGAUGCUGAGAACCAGCAGCUGAAAAGAAGGGGAAACUCUCAGGGUGGGGUGUAAGUCAGAAGACUCUGUAUCUUGAGAGUUAUCUAGAGACACCAAGAUAGGGACACUAGGCUCAGUUCAGACUCCAGAGGUUUAAAAACUCUGGAUCCAGCACCUGAAGCCCCUAACAGCACUGUGGUAAACUGCCAACAGAAGGCAUUCAUCCAGAUGUCAUCAUAUCCUAUAUCAGCAGCUGUCUAUGCAACAUCCAGAUCCCAUUUUCUGUUGUUUCCCAGUUUCCCUCAACCAGCUAUCAAUCCUGUUUAUUCCCCCCCCCCCCCCCCUCCCCCUUGCAAUCUGUUGCCAGGAAUGGAUUAAGGCAAUCUGGGGAACAAGGCACAUCACAAAAUGAGACCCUUGUGACUCUGACCCCCACUUAAAAGGGAGGUGGGCUGGAAGCAGGGAAACACCUCCGCGCAUUGAUCAUCUCAGCAGUAUUUGUUUGGUAAGAGCCGGGAGCUGGAGUGCUGUGCUCUUCUUCUUUUGACAUACACAGAGUCCUCUGCAAAGUGUCAGACUAAGAUUUCUAAGAAAUUGGGUUGGGAGAUAAGAUUGUAUUGAGAUGCCCAGGGCUGUGCUACCCUGCUGUCUGCUCCCCCAUCUGUAGCCUGAUCGUUUGUAGAGUUCAGAUUGUGGCUGUAUGGGAUUGUUGGGAUGGGGGUGAACCUGCUUCAGGCAGGAGGGUGGGCUGGAUGGCCUCUGGACAUCCCUUCCAGCCCUACUUCUCUAUAACUCCAUGAGGCUCUCUACAACUCAGGCAGGCAUUGAUGUAUUACCCUGGGGCUGUGUUUUCUUUAUAACCAUGAAAACUAAAUACUGAUGACUUUGAUGAAAACUGAAAUCCUGAUAGAGCUUGAUCAAUUUAUGGAGGAGAGUAUUAGGAUAGGAGUGUGCUUGGAGUAGAAAUCAGUAUAUAUAUUUGAAACAGCAUAUAUAUAUAUAUAUAUGGCUGUUUCAAAUAUUUGGCAUUCAUGAAAGGAAGCCAAUCUACUGCGUGGGCUGUUGAUAUAUGUGGAAAGUGUUUAGAAAUCCAAGUCUAAAAACAGAGGUUGGAUUUCUCCAAGGAAACUCUGAAGCCUUUUGUCUUGGGAUCCUAUAGGGAACCCUGUUGUCCUAUGUUAGGUACCUGUGAAGUAUCUAAAUUAGCACUCUGGCAAGGACAAUAGCAGCAAAUGUGAGUUAAUUGCCAUUCAAACUGCCUCUAUAAAUAAUUCUCCUCCAUUCCCCACCCUGAAAGUUGACCCUACUGUGCAAUUUCCUGUGGAUUCCUGGUUGUAAUUUAAACCACCCCAGAUUAAAUCCAACCUGUUUUUUAGCCCAGUGCUUCAUAGCUUCCACUAGUUGUAUCCAGGGGCCAGUAAGAAAUUACCUCCCCCACUUUGCCAAAAUGAUUAUUUGAAUUCAAGGGGUUUUUCCCACUUCUGUCAUUCAGCCUGUGCUGGGAGGCUGAUUCCAGUGUGUUAGUGCCCACUGAAUAACCUUUCAGGUUUGUGACUGAUGCCUCUUGAUCAUGUACUUAAACCGAUUGCCAGAGGGAAGAAUUUCACCCCAGGUUAUACUGACAUCAACUCUUUUUUCUUUUUUUUUGACUUCUGGUGCAACAGGGGCAUGAUGCAUUUCUUGGGAUUAGGUGAUGGUCUUUACCAAACACAUUCCCUUCCACUGCAAUGUCCAAAGUGUAAGAGGCCUUCACAGCACAUUAUCUCUGCUGCUCUCUCCCUGUGGCAUUGCAGCGUGUUGUGGAUGUAUGUGCCAGAGUGCUUGUAGAUAGAUGCUUUUUGGACAGAGAUUUAUUACAUCAGUGUUUACGAAUGCAAAGGACUGGGCUCCAUGGCCUGGGAGGUCCCUUGCAGUCCCAUCUUCCCAUGACUCAAAGAGCAGAGGCCAAAGGCAUGGGAGAGUAUUUGCUUCCAGCUGAAUUGAGUAUGUGUGUGUGUGUGGGUGUGUGUAUAUAUAUAUAUAUAUAUAUAUAUAUAUAUAUAUAUAUAUAUACACACACACACACAAUAUAUUCAAAUGUUUGGCAUUCACAAAAGGAAGCCAAUUUGCUGCGUGGGUUGUUGCAGAAAUUCCGUUUUUUCUAGCUCUAUCCCUAUCCUCUCUUUCCCAUUUACAGACGAAUCAUCCAGAGCAUCUCACUGCUUGUGAGAACAGAAAGCCAGAGCAGAAAAUAGUUUUCUAGUUAUUUACUGAAUGUGCAUAUAAAAUUCCCCCAGCUUUUGCCCUUUUUUUUGUCUAUUAAGUGUAGGUAAUUUUUGGUUUGAAGGUGACCAGUUGUCCUGAGUCCAUGACUGAGGGAACUGUAGGGAAGAUAUAGUGACUUAAACCUCCCUUCAGUCAGCUAUCUCCUCCAUAUUUGAGAAUCAAAUUAUUUUGCUCUUUUUACACUAAUAAAAUUCCCCAGCCCUCACGCUUUGUUUCUAAUGGCUGAAUACUGACAGAAACUCCCUGCAGCUAUUUUCCUUUUCUCUCCCUUUUAUCAAAACCUUUAGAUUUCUAUCUCUUUUUUUUUAGUUCUAUUGUUUAAUAUUGAUAUAAAACUCCAUCAGAUUUUGCCUCUUAGCUCUUUUUUUUUUGGUCAGCAAAUGAAAUCUCAUCACAUUUGGUUACCUACUGUUUAAUUAUGGAAUAGCAGUAACUUUCAUUGCGGGAAGUUGCUCUUCUCUGAAGGGAAACUACCACUAGGGUUUCCCCCUCACUGGGUGUGUCUACAUAUUCAUUCAUGUGCAGAGGUUAUGGGGCAUUUAAUUUAGCAUUUGUAUAAUCAAGUACUAAAUAAAUGUGCAGUAACCAGAAUGACUGUGCAGUAGCACCAACAAAUGCCUCUUUAGUGACAUUAGGGCACAGUAGCUUAAUCAGGGCUGCUUCUAGGGGGGGGCGAAUCGGGGCAACCACCUCAGGCCCUGCGUUUUGGGGGGGCCCCGUGGACAGUGCCAUACAGGACCCGCUGCAGCCGCCACGCACCACUACUGCCGAGUGCUGCUGGCUCUGCCGCUGCCACCACCACUGCGUGCUGCCAGCUCCAGCUGCUCGCUACCCCCCUGCCCCUGCUCCACCGGCUCUGCCUGUUCGCCACCCCCACCCCCCGGCCCCGCACAGGCUGAUAUGCCCCUAGCCCUGCACACCCCUAGGGACAGCUCUGAGCUUAAUAAUACUGCACAGUAGUGUAUUAGCACUGUCUGUGCUGUGACGCGCUAUUGCGCAGUACUAUUAGGCUACUGCGCAGUUAGCGUCUCAUGUAAAUGCGCCCGGUAGGCUCUAAUCAGCUGCCAUUUCCCCACCGCUGCUGCACUCCAGGUGCCACAUAACCUUCUGGCUCCAUCCCGUUCCAGGGCCCUGGCACAGUGGCAUCAUUCAGGGCUCCUUGCUGGCCCAGAAGGAACCAGCACUUUCUGGUUAUUUGUCAAAUAUUUCAAGUCACCUCAGAUUUUAGUCCUGAUUUUUCUUGGCUUCUUAAACGACAGGGACAACUUUUACUUUGGCAAGAAGCAAUUAUCUCUUCAUCCCACCCUUGCCUCGCUCAGCUGUGCCCCUGAAAUACAGCAGCAAGAACCAUGCAGACCAGGAGAAACGAGCAAAUGAAACACGUAAAAAAAUAAGCUCGGCUGAGAACUAAGUCUGGCCCAAGGAAAUAGCUUCCGACAAAGAUGUAUUUUAAUGUGCCAUGUGAAUUUGAUAUUAGUAUUGAUUUUAAAAAGCAGCAUUUAAAAAGAAAAGUGAAGAUUUUCUCUUUCUAAAAUAUUCCUGCAGUUUUUAAAUGCCAUGCAAUCCACCGUGACAAUUGUUGUUUUGGUUGAAUUCAAACAAAACCAGAAAAUGAUUGUUUUUCCCUUGUUUGUUUUACUCCUCCUUUCUCUUCCUUGCCUCCUUUUGUAGACACUGGGAGAAAAAAAGAGAGAGAGAGGGAGGGAAGGGAGAAAAUAAAGAGGGAAAUCCGUCCCCAAACCAAAAAUACAUUUUCCCAUUUUGAUUCCCUUUGAAUCUUAUUAAUUUGCUUUUGUUCUUUUCACCUGAAAUAUGACAAUGGUCACUGAGAACCCGUGUUUCAUGGAAAGAAAUAAUAGUGUGAUGGAAAAUUGAAUGCAGGCCUAGCUGCCUAGGAGGUGUCCACCGAUGUCCGUGAGGACCUGCGGUGCAUUCCCUAAAUGUCCUGUUUGGGACUUGGCAGCACUAAGCGUUGGCCUGGCUUCCUCGCACAGCCAGCAGAUGGGGAGCAGGGGGAGGAGGGGUACGGAGAUUACAUGAGCCGAAAGGUAGGUUAUUAUUUUGCUGGGAUUUGGGAGGAUCACUUAAAUCAACCCGUGUGGGCCUGCGUGGCCCCUGGCCACAGGAUGGCAGGAAGUAGUAUAUUUCCUUGGGACUGCCCCUGGUUCAUUUGUCCUGGAGGAACCUCUGUGAUCAGGAAGCAGAGCAAGAUUUAGCCAAAUCCCUUCUGUGUUUCUGUCCCUGGGGGAGACCAGGGACACAGUUUCAUUAGCUGUGGCCGCUAGAGGGCUCUGGCAAUGGCUAAGGGAGGGGAGGCUGCUUCUCUCUGUUUUAUCUGUUUAGUACAUCAGGGGCUGAGCUUCCCGGGUCAGAUGCUGCUCCUACAUCCAUAGUGACCUGAGAGCCUGGGCUGAGCAGCUGCUGCUCCCCCAGCGGGUCUGUUCCAGCCCCAGCCCCUCGAGCCCAGCCUGGGAGCAGGGGCUUUCUCCAGGGGCUGGACACCAGCCCCAGGCUCUGCUGACACCAGCACCUGAGCUAGCUCCAGAUGACAGAAUCGUGAGUGGAAAGGAGGAGGACAGUCUUGACAUAAAUGCCCCGAGGAAGAGGGACUUCAUGAGAUGUCACCUAGCAGAUCCAAAGGGGAUGCAUCCCAGAAUCCUCACCACUGGGAAUCUGACAAGAAUAAGCCCAGACUGGGAAGGCAGCAGAAAAACCCUCCAGAGAAGAGAGGGGAUAAAUACAUUCCCUGCCCAGGAGGUCUCAGGAAGGUCAUUUUCCACCAGAAAACCCCAUCUGGGAGAGAGGCAAAAUACAUGUGCUGACUGUGGGGCAAGACUUUAUGCAGAGCUCAGGCUCACAAGAAUUUGCCCAGGAAAGAAAAUCUUUGAGUGCCCCGAGUGCAAGAAAGUCAGCAUCUUUGAAGAAUUGGCAUUGACACCACACUGGGGAAUGCAUGGCAAGGGAAACCCAUAGCUGUGUGCGUCCUUGCUGUGCGAAACACUUCCAUCGGAGUAGGUGUUUCUGUAGGAGAAUCCAGUGCCACUGCCCCGUUCAGGCAAAAUGAAAUAGUGAUCGUUGGAGGACCUUAAAGGCUGGGGAGGACGGAGUUGUUUAUUCCAUAAUUAGCCAACAAAGGACAUGCAGGACUUGCUUAUCAGUUAGAUCCUUAGGAGUAGGGGGCAAGGGGACUGAUGAUCUGAUGGUUCCUUAGUGUGAGUAGCAGAUGAUAGGAGAUAAGAUGGACAUGGGGUUUGUCCUUUGAUUUUAUUAGUGGCCUGUACGAUGUGAAUUAGCAUAUUUCUCCCCCGUUUAGAAAUGAGAUAGGAUAGGUGCCCUGACAACAGAAAUGCUCAGUGCAUUUAAUGUUUGCAGGAUCCUCUAUCUCAGCAAAAAGUCUGAGGACUGAACCCACCACAGUGUCUGCAAUCAUUACCCCCCCCUGAAGGUGGAUCUCCUGUGGUAGGACUGAAAUGCAGCGCUCUGAUACCCUGCCUAGAGCACAGAGAGAAAUUGUCUGCAAACUAUUUACUCAGCAAAUCCAGCCUCUCUCCUUGCUGGUAGCAGCAAGCCACAGAUUCCUCUUGUCCACUUCCUGUAUGAUAGUAUUUGAUAACUCAUUGGCGUAGUGUUGAUUUGUUUGUGGCAAUACUUGAUAGCCAUUCUGAACGGACUUGGUUAGCAGUGAUUUUACACGUGGUGUUUACUGUUUCCCCUAGUGUGAAAGGAAUAACUCUGUAAGAAGGACUUGAGGGGACUGCUAUGGCUCUAAGUAUCUCAAGGAGAGGGAGCAGCUUAGCAAGGGACAAGAAAAGAAGGCUAGGGAAAGGCAGAUUAUUUUAAAAGCUCUUCUAUACAUCACCACUGGCCUUACCUGAAAUGCCAUUCCUAGAUCAGUUUGGCUGCCAGUGGGUGCAAGAUUUCAGUGUAACAAUGCAGGUGCAGCCUACAAUGUGUGUGAUGAGGGUUCAGUCAGCAUCUUGUCUGGUUCAUUUUAAGUGUUUAAGUGCCAGAGUCCUGCAGUGGGGUUUGGAGCCCUGUCCCAUUCACCAUCAGUAGUGAGCACCAUCCUACCCAGAGUAGCCUACAGCCUCUACCAGUCACUGGAACACCAUGAAAAGAAGCAAUCGUAGCAACACAGGAUGGAGGAACUUGUCUGCCAAGCAGCCACGUGUAAGCCCUAACCAUAUGACUGGGAUAAGUCCAAAUGCUGGCUCUGCCUUAGAGUUGUCCUCACAGCCAGGUACAUCUGUCAGCCACCAAUCACCAGAAUCUGCCACAGAGAAACACCACCUAUCUGUGCCUGCUGUGUCUGGGAUCAUUGGGGAAUCUGGCACUGGGGGCCCCCUUUUUAUUCCAGAUGAGGUGUUGCAGGUUAUCAAGGCUGAGGCUGAUGAGGAUGGAGCCAGCGUGGCUGGAGAGGCAGGCUCAUCAGGGGGCGAUACAUUUUCAGGCUACUCCUCUGGGGUAGAUGGGGAGGCUCCCAUGGAUCCGAUCACCCCUGAGGGCAUGGAGGGAGAAGAGGAGGUCAGUGAUGGGUUGGGACACUCUGGUGGGUUAGAAGGAGAAGUCAAGCAUCCAGUGCUAAUAAACUCAUACUUCGCCAGCAUCCAAAAACAAAGCAAACAAGCUCUCCAGACUGGGGGAGAGAUCAGCCCUGAGCCAAGGGAGGCCAUAACAGAUAACAAGGCAGAGGAAAAUUCCCACACUGUUGUCCCUACUACUUCAUAUGUGCCAGGGGUAAGGGUGCAGGGCACGGGGCCAGGAAGGUACCAUCGACAGAAGUCAUGGGUGUGGGAAUACUUCUCCAUUGACCCUGGGGAUCCCACCCGUGUCACUUGCAUGAUCUGCCAGCAGAUGGUCAAGCGGGGAACUGACCCCAAACGUCUGGGUACGUCCUCACUUGGCAACCACAUCAAACACAACCACAAUGUUGUCUACAUGCAUCAGAAGAACCUGAGUGGGCAGCAGCCUGGCACAGGUGGGGCAACAGAGCCUCACUCGACCUUACAUGGUGCCACACUAAAGCAGAGGCCAGGGUGUAGCAUCAGCCGGGCCCCUGCCAUCACCAAGAGACUUGCCACCUACGCUUCCCACCUGUCUGUCAGUGAGAGUGUGCAGAGGAGCACGAAAUACCACCGGGCACACCCUCGGGCACUCGCACUGAAUGCUGCUUGUGCCAAGAUGCUAGCUCUUGACCUCCUGCCCUUCUCCCAUGUGGAGGGUGAGGGCUUCCGAGAAAUGAUGGCAGCAGCUGCUCCACGCUGGCAGGUGCCCAGCCGCUCCUUCUUUUCCAAAAGGGCAGUGCCAGAGCUGUGCCGGGCAGUGAAGGCCUCAGUGCUGCAGGCUCUCAGGGGCUGCAAGGGUGGCCGGGUGCACCUGGCAGUGGACAUGUGGACCAGCGGGCAAACCACUGACUACAUGUCCAUCAGCGCCCAUUGGGUGAGCCUGAGCAACAGCAGCAUCCUGCGCCAGCAUGCCACUCUCUUCAUGUGCGGUUUGGAAAAACAGCACAGUGCUCGGCAUGUGCUGGAGAGGCUGCAGGCCGUUAUUGGGGAGUGGCUGACACCCCUCUCCCUUUCGCCAGGCUUCGUAGCCUCAGACGAUGGGCAGCGUGUGAGGCGGGCUCUGCGGGAGGGUGGCUUUCCCCAUGUCAUGUGUCUGGCGCACUGCCUAGCCCUCGUGGUGCGGGAGUUCCUACACAGCAAUGAGGAAGUGGACAGGGUCCUGGCAGCCACCAGGAAGAUCUGCACCUAUUUCAGCCGCUCCUACGCUGCCCGCCACCUCCUCUGGGAGCUGCAGGUUGAAAAUCACCUGCCCCGGCACCAGCUAAAGAAAGAGGUGGCUGCCCGGUGGAGCUCCACCCUGCGCAUGCUGGAGCGGCUCUACGAGCAGCGAGUUGCUAUCCAGGCCUGCCUGCGCCGAUCUGCCCAGGCCCAGCGGGACAGGGGGCUGCACCUGGCACCGAGUGACUGGCCCCUCAUCCACACACUUUGCCACAUCCUGCGGCCCUUUGAUGAUGCCACAAAGCUGGUGAGCGGAGCUAAUGUGGGCAUCAGCCAGGCCAUCCCACUUAUCUGUCUGCUGGAGAAGAAGCUGCUUUCACUAGUGCAGCAGUAUGAGGGAGAGGGUAACGAGACUGGCCUGGCCUUGGCCCUUAGCCUGCUGCAAACCUUGCAGGGCAAUCGGCAGAUAAUGGAGAUACGCAGCCAAGAGCACUACAUCCUUGCCACCUACAUGGACCCCAGGUUUAAAAAUAACAUGGCUGCCUUCAUGCCCAGUGGGGACAGCAGCCUACACUGCUGGACACAGAGACUGAUUGAUGAGGUGGCUGAGAAUAUCCGGGACACUGGUGAGACAAGCACGGGCCAGAGGCAGCAGCAGUGUGAGGGCAGUGCCUCAGACCAGGGCAGGUCCCUUUGGGACAGCCUGGAGGACUUUGGACUCAUAAGUGUGGCCCCUGCCUCCCAGGAUUCGGCCAAGGCCCAAGCAGCACAAAUAGUAGAGGGAUACCUGCAGGACACUGUCCUCAUGUCUGCCAGUGCGGAGCCGCUGCUGUACUGGCAGCUCAAGAGGGAUGUCUGGCUGCCUCUCUUCCAGGUGGCUGUACAGCAUCUGAGCUGUCCCCCCUCCAGCCUAUACUCUGAGCAGCUCUUCACCACGGCAGCCACCAUUGUGAAGAACAGGCGGACUUGCCUCUCCACAGGCAGCGUGGAGAGCUUGGCCUUCAUUAAGAUGAACAAGCACUUGCUCCCACAGGAGUACAGGGUGCCAGAGCAUGUGGCUGGUGGCCAGGAUGUGGCUCUGCAAGAUAUAGAGGAGGAAGAAGAGGAGGAAGAGGAGGAGGAGAUGGACGAUAUCAUGGAGUGACUCUAAUCAAGGGGCACCACCUUCUUAGCAUGCACGGUGCUGGGAACCAGCUUGUGCUUGUCUUACUAACACUGGGAACUCGCACACAGGAAGGGGACAACUUGGUUGGCAAGGGGCAUUGAUACCUCCCAGUGUCGGCACUCCUUUCUCUCCCUCUCUCUUUGUUUGGCUGCAGUUCAAGGACUUGGAUUUUUCUGCCUUUUCCUACUCAUCUGCAAACAGGCAGCUGUACAAAGAGCAGCUUUGAGGUUUUCAAUGGGCCUGUGAUUAUCAUUAUCUAACUAUUUGUAUGUUUGUGUAUAAUAUAUCUAUAGCUAUAUAUAUAUAUAUAUUUUUUUUUUUGUGGCAUUUUAUGAUCCACAACAGGAAAUCGUUGUACUUAAAUAAGGGCAGCAUCGUUGCCUGACUUAACAAAGCUACCUUUUGACCAGUAUAGAGAUGGCAGUGAAGCCCUUGACAGGACCUGUGUCAGUGAUGAUAUGCCAGCAUUGUCUUUCCACUUAUGGGCAUGUCUGUACAAAGAUUUGCGCACAUGCAACCCUACCACUGACUUUGGGUCAAUUGUAACUGGCCCCUGCAGAAAGAUCUUAGUAGAAGAAUAUUGGUUGGGAUAACAGAAAAGACGUUCAGGAUACAAAGCUGUUUAUCCCUUUGAGAGGUCUGCUUUAUGGGGCCUCCCAGUUUAAUAUUGUAAAACCUGUCAUUAAAUUGACCAGAAAAACAAACGUUCCAGUAGUGGUGAGAUUCCAGGACCUUUUUGCUAGCAAUACUUUGUAAUACUGGUCAUUACAUGUAUUUUAAGAAAACAGUCUGAACAUUAAUGCCAGUGUUUUCAGAAACCGCGUGGCUAAAACUGCAGGAAAAAGGACGACAUUUUCAGAAGUGCCUAAACAUGAGCUGAUAGAUUUGCUAUGGGACUUGCACUCCUAACCCUUUAAGGAGUUUAAAAAUCCCACUCAAAAUCCAGAAACUGGUUUAGGUGCCCAGGAUUUAGGUGCCUAACUCUGGCCACUGGCCUGGGGAACUUUUGAUCUAAUGCAGCCAUCAGCAAUGUUCUUACAUUGAUGCAUACUCACCCCUGAAUGGGUUUUGUCCCUAAGCUGAAUAAAAGUUAUAUGUUUAAAAAGCGGGGAAA